CGAGAAGGAGGUUUAGUAGCUAUCAAGCCUGACAGGCGAUUGAACCGCGCAUGUGGGCUACUGUGGUCGAUGUUGCUGGCCUAGCAAAAUAAAAGUAUCCACGAACACCAAUACCAUGUCUAAUGGAGAAAGCGCCGCGGCAUUCACAGUAACUUGACUACUCCUCCACCAGCCCCAAAUAUGAUUAACAUACUACCAACCUACACUCAGCCUCGUUCCAGCACUAACAAUAUUUCCUUAUUGAACAGAAUCGACUGGUCAUCUAGACCUAAAUUACACCGGAUCAUUAAAAAAACGAGAAGAUGGCACCCGUCCCGCAAGAACCAGUAUCUCUCCUCCUUCUCCCUGCUCUACAACUACCCUCCACACCAGCAUCAUUAAAAUCCUCAUAUAGAAGCACCCUCGAGGCUCUUCUACCUAAGCUUAUCCAACCAAACAGCCAGACAAUCUCACGCCUGGAUAUUGCUAUCGUCCUGUCCCCUUCAUACCCAGUAACGCAAUCCAUAUCCCGCACGGCCAUAUUCCCAUUACUCCAAACCCUCCUGGCCCAGACCUACAGCCUAGUCUGUUCCGUCGGCGCCUUGACCAAAGUCGACCUCGACUUUCCAGGCGGCCUAGACGUACGUAUAUUCGCUCUGGAACCUCGAAAUGAAGCCCUCUCUUCAUCCAUCAUCGGCAAACAGACCCUCUCUGGGCCCCUCGUGGACAUUCAGACCUUCGUCUCAGCAUCUCGACCCUACAACGCAAUCUACUCUGUAGAGGGUGAAACCGCGGAAGCACAUCUCAAGUCUGUCAUAACCGCCUGGCAGUCCCGACAAGGCGCCGUCGCACCACCCCUUCAACGACUCCCUUCGGGCCCUGCCAUCGCUCACCCAGGAGGCUCAGCAUCUCCCUACGCAGACGAUGGACCUGUUGAAGUCCACAAAUCCGUCGCCGUAGGCGGCACCUUCGACCAUUUACACAUCGGCCACAAGCUGCUCUUGACAGCAACCGUUCUUCUAGCCGAGCCGUCAUCACCAGCUUCAUCCCAAGACAAGAAGCCUCGGCACAUCACAGUCGGCAUUACGGGAGACGACCUUCUCGUCAACAAGAAGUACGGCUCAGUCGUCGAAUCCUGGUCCACACGUCAAGAGCGUACAGCCGAAUUCGUCGAGUCCAUCCUGGUGUUCCACACAGACAGCAACUCGAUCAAGAAAACGGAAUAUAUAAAUGAACCAGGGCCGAAUGGAAAGGUCGUACGGGUCACCUACGGCGAUGAUAUAUCUAUAAACUACACGGAGAUCAUAGAUCCUUUUGGUCCGACGAUCACAGACGAGAGUAUCACGGCGCUGGUCAUCUCAGGUGAGACGCGAGCCGGUGGUAAAGCGGUGAAUGACAAACGCAAGGAGAAAGGCUGGAAAGAGCUCGAGGUCUUUGAAGUCGAUGUCCUGGACGCUGGUGCGGGUCUUGAUGACUCCGAAAUUGGGGACAAGCAGGAGAAGCAGAACUUCGAAAGCAAGAUCAGUAGCACAGAGAUCAGAAGACGGUUGCACGAGGCACAAACGAGUGCCUCUGGAUGAUUAAUGAUAAAUGUAAACAUGGAAAAUGCUAACCGCCCAACGCUCAGU